AUGGUUUGGCUGCAGUACACGGCCACCCGCUCGCAGCGCGCCGCCACCGCCUGCCUCUUUCUCGCUGGCGCAGCCCUCAUCGUCGCCGCCGCCAGGCUCUCCUACGCCAACAUCGAGCCCCAGCGCGCCAAGGUCGCCGAGCGGCGGCGCGUGCUCGAGGCCUUCAUCCACCGCAAGCUCGGAGGAGGAGGAGGAGGAGGAUCCGACCCAGCCUCCGCCUCCACACAGCAGCAGGAGCAGGAUCCAGCCAGGAGCACCUAG